UGAAAAAUUAUAGAGGGCAGGUUGGGAGUUGGGUGAGUCUUGGGACAUUGCCGGGGGACCUAUUUAGCAUAGACGAUUCCUAUCGGGGGUUAAAACUGGAAUUGUGAGAAACUUUGAGCGCGCUAUUUAAACGGCGCGAGUAACUAACCGUUUGUUUGCCUUUCAAUUGUGAGAGAGAGGAAAUGGAGUGUCAGGUAGCGUGCUUGAGCAGCGACAGGUUGAAGAGAGAAGAAGGUUUACACCCCAAACACGACUCUCUUUUCUCCGACUGGAAGGUUCUCGUCGGGCCUUCUGAUUGGGAAGACCACUCCCUGGGGAAAGAAGGAGCAGAGAGAUACAGGUUUGACAAUCUCCCGAACUGUUCUUCAUGUCCAGGGCUUUAUGAGCUUGGCCGCAUAGUUGUACCACGAGCUCAUUCAGGACGUAAGAACGGAAAUCUUGAUUCACACCUCAUAGAUCCCGUUUACCUUGGACAAACUGACAAUGUUAGGACUAGACUGCAGUGUUAUGGCCGCGAUGGCGCUCAUUUAGAGAAUGGCAACUCCAAUGGUCAGGUGAAUGAUUAUCCCCAACAAGGGCAUGGACUGUUUUCGGAGGCCUUUUCCAACGGCUACUCCAUCGUGUUUAGAUGGGCUCCUAUGAAAAAUAAGGCGGAGGCUGAAAAAACAGAAACUCGACUGCUUGAAACCUAUGAUUAUGCAUGGAACAAAGGCAAUAAUGGUGUUCGUCGCCGUGGAGAUGUUCUCCAACAACUUGACGGAAGUACUUCAAGCAGUAUCGUGCAGAAAGUUCCAUUGUCUAAGGCCAAAAAGCUCUCCAGUUUAGAUCAGAAGAAAAUUGACGUAAAAACUGACACUUGCAAGCCACUUUCAUGGGAAGAUGGUUCCAGAAUAUAUACCGAUUGGGGGAGCAACGAUCUCCUUCCUGAAAUUUUCAAAUUUGGAAGAUCACAGCCUAGACUUGUUACACCUAGUUUAGGUUUCAAUGACGACCAUUCAAAUAUUUGCGGGGUGGCCUUAGGUCAUGGAUCUGUCUGUACAAGGCCACCUGUUGGGGGGAGGAAACGGUGCGAUGAACAUAAAGGGAUGAAAAUUAAUGACUUCGCCUCAAAAAAGUUGUUGACGGAAGGAGAAUCACUUGUUAACUCCUCUCCUAAUUGCGGAAUCACCUUGGAUAAUGGCAGUGUGUGUAGAAAACCACCAGUCCAAGGCAGGAAACGAUGUGAAGAUCACAAAGGAAGAAAAAUCACAGGAUCCCUUUCUUCGGAAUCAGUAACCAAUGGGAAAACUCAACAUGAUGUUUAUGGUCCAGUUUUGGAAGCCCCUAAAUCAAUUAAACCACAGUCUCCUGUUUACUCUGAGACGUCCGUUACCAAUGCUAAGUUAGACACUAUUUGUGGGGCGGAUUUAGACAAUGGAACUUUCUGCACUGAGCGGCCUGUGGUAGGAAGAAAGAGGUGUGAGGAACACAAAUGGAUGAGGGCUAAUGAGUCCAAGUUAUCCAGUGUGUUUGAUAGUCCAUAUGGUAAUUCGACUCGUCAAUCAGUCCCAUAUAGAAGUGUUGUCGAAGAAGAUUAUUCUUCUACUUGUGGAGCUACCUUGGUUGAUGGUUCCGCUUGCAGAAGGCCGCCAGCUGAAGGUCUAAAAAGAUGUUGGCAGCAUAAAGGCAUGCGGGGCAAUACCGGAAGGACUCAUAGUUUCACUCCUUCGUAUGACACUGGAGGAAUUUCAUCAGAUAUAUGCGGAGCUAGCACACUGAAUGGGUCCAUCUGCCAUAGAACGCCUGCCAGUGGAAAGAUGAGGUGUUGGCAGCACAAGGGGAAAUGAGCCGCCUUCUGAGUUAAGUUACAUAGAUUCGAGUACGGGUGUCUGGUACGUACGGGUAUUUAUAUAAGUGUCCGGCCGGUACCUGUCUAUAUGUGUGCUAAAUAAAACCAUGGCGUGUUUCCUUUGGAAGGUAAAUCAUACUCAGCUACUAUUUCCUAGCUUGCUAUUGUGUAAGGUUUUCCAUGCCCUACACAUUUGAAGUCGAUCGGGUCAUUCGUAGAAUUCUGCUGAGUGGUUUACUAGGACUAUUAAUGUCUGUACUGUGAUUUGUAAAAUGUCUUGCAUUUCUAUAAAUGCAACUUUCUAUUGUGCUUUGUGAGA